CAGCCCUGGUCUCGGACCGCCUCUGGGGAUAAACCCAGUCCGCCGCUGCGUGUCGCUGUCCUGAUCACACCGCAGCAGAGCAGAAGAAGAAGGAGAAGGAGCAGAAGCUGAAGCUGUUUACCGGAGGAUCCUCUCCCGUUACCGGAGGUCUGAUGGCGGCCCGCCAAGCGCUGCAGGUGCACCUGGACCUGCUGUCUCAGCCCUGCCGUGCGCUGCACAUUCUGCUGGCGUGCACGCGCCUCCCGCACACCGUCCGGCACGUGGCGCUGCGGAGAGGGGAACACAGGACUCCAGAGUUCACUGAGAUCAACCCAAUGCAGAAAGUCCCCGUGAUGGUGGACAACGGGUUCAUACUCACAGAGAGUGAUGCCAUCAUCAAGUACCUGGUCAACAAGUACGACGUCCCGGAUCACUGGUAUCCACGGCAACCAGAGAGACGCGCCAGAGUUGAUGAAUACACCGCCUGGCAUCACACGCACACCCGGCCCCACGCUGCCAAGGUGUUCCUCCUGGAGGUGCUCCUCCCGGCUCAGACGGGCUCUCCGGUAGAGGAGCAGCGUCUGAUAGGAGCUCUCUCUCAGCUGCAGGAGACCCUGGACCAGCUGGAGAGCAUGUUCCUGCGCAGGCAGCCCUUCCUCUGCGGCGAUGACAUCACGGUGGCCGACCUGCUGGCCGUCUGCGAGCUCAUGCAGCCGGAGGGGGGGGGGGCGGGACAUCCUGCAGGAUCGCCCCCUGCUUCAGCGCUGGAAGAGUCGAGUUCGAGCUGCUGUGGGCGACGCCUUCGACCAGGCGCACGCCGUGCUGUACGCCCUGAGAGACCGGCGCCGCGCCAAGCUGUGACAUCACACAGAGGGGCGGGGCCAGCUGACUGAAGGAGCCAAUCACCAUCCAGAGUCAGACCAGCUUUCAUAAUGCUUUCUAAGUGCUAACCGUUAGCUUCUCCUGCAGAUUUCAACUCAUUUAAUUUGUUAAUGAAUGAACACCGUUAACAGAAAGUGGCCUUAAAAGUGAUUUGUGUUCCAGCGUUAUUAUUAUCACGUUACCUUUGACCUCCCUGAUUAUAAUUAUUGUUAUAAUAUAAAAGCACAUAAUGGCCUCCAAUCAGCUCUCAGCUCGGAGAUCACAUGACCUGUUAAUCUGCCUGUAAUGUUAAUAAUUGUUAACCAUCAGAUUGAAUCAACAUGUUAAUAAUAAUUAUAAUCUGAUUUCUGUUGUAAUCUUGUAAGAGAAAUAAAGGUUUGAGAUGUUA